GAGGUUCGCGCGCUGUACGUUUAUUUUUUUUUUCCCCCUCCUCGUGAAAAAGACGGAGAAAAAAUAAAGAGCCGGAAUACCAGGCCACAACUGUGAUCCGGUUUUACAACCCUUUUUCACCCCUCGUGAUCGGCAAUUUUGGUUCUUUUAUCUCAGGUGUCGAGAUUCUUUGUUUCGUUACUUGUACGUUCUACAUUCCUGACUCGCUAAAAGCGUUUUUGUACGUUGCAAGGAUUGUGCUCCGCUUGCGCGGAGGGAAAAAUUCACCGGUAACAGUGUCGGAUGUGUUUUUCAGGACUUUUCAAUCCCCCACCUUCCUAUUUUAAAAGGCUGCAAUAGUGACCGUGGUUUCUGUUCAUAGUGAAACUGGUAUUUUUUUAGUGACUCGUGCUACUUUCGCCCUGUGGCCUCGAAGGCACUUACGAGUAGAGUUCUCACGCGAAUUAUAUACGGAUCCACUUCCUGGUACCGGUCAAUCACAGGGAUAAACGAUCAGACGCGUGGCUGGUUCAUCGCCGUAGAGAAAACUACCGAUUUGGCAGUCUGACAGGGAUCCCUCCUGAUCCUGAGGCGAGAGGAAGUAUCCUGAAAAAAAUUGGUAAACAGAAAACAGCGGUUCCCGAUCUACGGACAUUCCGAAACUACAGUCGUUGAAAAUUUCCUACAGUGGAGAAAAAUACAGCUGCGAAGAUAUCGCCAUUCGACCACACACUCUGUGAUAAAAUUGUGAUAACACAUGCCGGACAUUCAUUGCUUGGAAAUAUCGAAUAUCCUUCGAGACGUUUGCGGCUAAUCGAAGAAACGUUAUAACAUUUGUUGCUGCCGAAGGUUCCUUGUCGCUAAUCGUAAGCCAGCCACGUGAUUGUCUCUAAUACAGGAAAUAAAUUUCCGAAAGCUGCUCUGGCAAGAACUGCUGUGAUAACAACAGGUGGUUGACAAAUACGUGGAAAAGUUCGUCCGAAACCGUGAAACGCGACUGUCAAGUAAAUACAAAGGGCAGCUUGACUUCUUGGCGAAGGUUAACCGUUGCCAAUCGGCAAAAUUGGCGGUCAAAAUUCCUGUUUCACAAGAGCGAACGGCACGUGUUGCGGCCUAGAAAUGAGGCUGAUGCAAAGACUCGCGAUAAGCGGACUGCUGUCCGUUAUGCUGCUCGUCCUCCUGACCGGAACCUUCGUAACUCGGCGGGAUCUUGGAACCGUCGUUGAUCGAGGCGUUGCUCCUGCGGAACAGUUGCCCGCAAAGAUACACGCCGGAUGGGAACAGGACAACGCAGUUCCCGAAGAGGAAUUUCGAGUGGAGGACAAGGACGUCCGGAAUCGUGAUGAGGAACUUGGUCCUUCGGCCGUCGGCCCGGCUCCUGCCCACGUCAUAGGGCCAGCACCGUACAAGAUCAGACCGCCGAACCCUCCGCUCGACGACGAGACGAACCAACGAAGGGAAAAGGUCAAAGAGAUGAUGAAGCAUGCCUGGGACAACUACGUGAGAUACGCAUGGGGGAAAAAUGAACUACGACCGAUUUCGAAACGCGGUCACAGCGCCAGCAUCUUCGGGGCAACGAACAUGGGCGCCUCGAUCGUCGACGGCCUUGACACUCUGUACAUAAUGGGAUUCCACGAUGAGUUCAAACAGGGUCGUGACUGGAUCGCUGAAAAUCUGGACUUUGACCUGAACAACGAGGUUUCCGUCUUCGAGACCAACAUCCGGUUCAUGGCCAGUCUUCUCUCCUGCUACGCUCUCACCGGCGAUGUCAUGUUCCGUGACAAGGCCGCGCAACUCGGUGAACGUCUACUUCCUGCCUUCGAGACUGAAACUGGAAUUCCUCACUCGCUUAUAAAUCUUCGUACCGGGGUCAGCAAAAAUUACGCCUGGGCCAGCAGUGGUUGCAGUAUCUUGUCGGAAAUCGGUACGAUGGAUCUGGAGUUUACAUACCUCAGCGACGUCACCGGCAAUCCAAUAUACAAGGAAAAGGUCAGGAGGGUACGAACGGUGCUGAAGAACCAGAACAAACCCAAGGGUCUUUAUCCGAAUUACAUUAAUCCCAAGACUGGAAAAUGGGGACAGCAUCACAUGUCCCUCGGUGGUCUGGGCGACAGCUUCUACGAGUAUCUUCUGAAGGCGUGGAUCCAAUCGGGCAAAGAGGACACUGAAGCCAGAGAGAUGUGGGAUGACGCGGUAGCUGCUCUCCUCAAUCACAUGAUAAUCAGAUCCCCAGGUGGACUUUUGUACGCUUCGGAUUUGAAGUACGAUCGUCUGGAACACAAAAUGGGCCACUUGGCCUGCUUCGCAGGUGGGAUGUUUGCAAUGGGUGCCAAGAGCCUGGAGAACGAGAUAUCGGAUCACCACAUGGAAGUUGCUGCUGGUCUGACCAACACCUGCCACGAGUCUUAUGACCGUACGGCAACAAAGCUUGGACCUGAAGCUUUCCACUUUAUUGAAAACAACGAAGCCAAGAGCUUGAAGAAUGGAGAAAAAUACUACAUCCUUCGACCAGAGACUUUUGAGUCGUACUUCAUCAUGUGGCGGCUAACAAAGGAUCCAAAAUACAGAGAAUGGGGAUGGGAAGCCGUUCAAGCUUUGGAGAAACACUGCCGAGUCGACGGAGGGUUCACCGGAUUGACCAAUGUCUACCUCUUAGACACACCCAAGGAUGACGUUCAGCAAAGUUACUUAUUUGCCGAAACUCUCAAGUAUCUUUACUUGUUGUUCAGCGACGACGAUCUCAUCAGCUUAGACGAGUGGGUGUUCAACUCGGAAGCGCACUUUAUUCCGAUUAGAGGCAACCCGUUGUACCGACCGGCGAAUGCCGUAUAAUUAGCCUAAUUCUUGCUGGACUCGUUCAACGAAUGAUGAUUCCCGUUUCAUGGACUGGCGAAGACGGAUUAAAUCAACCGUGAAAGUUGAUGGUGGAUGCAGAAAGAAGGAAACGAGAUGAAAUUAAUUGUUAUUAACAAUCUCAUUGGGAUAUUAGAGAUCGAAUUGAAACAAACUCUUGCUGGCAGUCGCAAGACGCACUCUGAAUAAGGUACAGCACAGCAGCGAUACUUGCAGUCUCAAAAAAUCCUGACUGUAUAUGACAGCGUAUCCAUGAUUAAAGUAAUUCAACGCGAUAUACCAGCUAAUGAUAAUUAUUUAAGUUUAAAAAUCUUUGUACAUAUACCUACCUAAACAAUGUGAGAGUUAGUGCUUAUAUGUCCGUCAGUUACAUACAUAGAUAGAUUUGAAUAACAAGUAAAACUAAACGAAUAAUAAUAUUAAUAUCGUAAACGAUAAUUAUGUUGUUUGGUGAUAAGAUAUUCAGUGUUUGUUUUUUUUUUUUUUUUUUAUUAUUUCGGUAUUCAUCCUCUAGAAGUUAUAGAGAGAUCUACGUUUAAAUCGGCAAUUUGGUAAUCGUUUUGUAAAUUUAAUACAAAAAUAUUAAACCAAAAGACGUAUAGUAGCUGAUGAUAAUACCUAUAAUAUAUAUGUAUAUAUAUAUAGACGAAUAUGUGUGAGUGGUGUAAUAAUCAAAGGAUGCAGGAGAAUUUUGACUUACGUAUAUGUAGAAACUAAGGCUAAUCUCCCAUUGCAGCGAGGGGGGGAAUCCAUGUAAAAAGAGAGACAUGUGCUUGGAGAAGAAAUUUUACUCUUAUUUAUUACUGAAUUUAAAAGUCAAGUUGACUAUGAAUGCUGAAUCGUAGGGAAAGUUGUUCGUAUAUCAAUUAUUUAAAAUAGUACGAUUGUUUAUUCAAAUUUGAAAAGUGAUCGGAAAAAGAUAUUGUGGUAAUGUAAUUUGAAGUAAUUGCUAAUUCAUUUUUUUUUUUUUUCUUCAAUUUUAAGGCCAUGGAACCUGUCGACAAAUAUGAAAAUACGAUCAAUUAUCAGAUCGAAUUGUCGCUACUUGUUUAAAGGCGAUGCGAUAAUUGAGAUCAUGAUGUAUUCUUGUUACCAGACGACAAUAUAUCGAAAUAUAUUUGCACGAAUUGAAAAAUUUGUCGACUAGUUAGGGCCCAGAACUGAUUCGUGAGAUUUGUUUCAAUCGAAUUUAGCCUAACAAUACAAGAAGCAAUCACCCCGUAUUUACCGAUUUUAAUAAUGUGCGUUUUGCAAAUUAGUGAGGUUUAAAGAAAUGUAACUGAUUCAAUUGCGGUAAUUGACCUGUCGCAAAUGUGUAAUGUAAUAAACUAGCGAAUCAAGUGUGUGCAUGAGGUGCGGCGGAAUCUGAACUACGGUAUAAAAUUGGAGAGAAUAAAUAAAUGAAUAAAUAAGUAUAAGUCCGUUCGCGUAAGGUGUUACGUAGUCACUGACGCAUAGUGAAAAUUAUACGAAUAGACUUGUAUAUAAAAUAUUUGAAGAAAGUCAUAUUCUAUUAAAGCGAAAGAUAAAUAAAUAAAUAAAUGAAAAUAAAAGGACGUAGUUGUAGUUCAGUGGUAGAGCAGCGUGUUCGUUUAGCGCUUGAAACAUUAGAUAAAAUAACAUCUUGCUCGGCAAUGCAUACGUGAAAUCGAUCAGUGUACUUAUGAACUGCGAUGAAACGAAAAUAAAAGUUGAGGAAGAGAUCGGUACGUUUAUCCGUAUGAAGAUUGGAUUCACCGUAGCGUUAUAAGGCUGUAUCGGUGUUUUCGUUCUAACGAUAAAUAAAUUUUCAUGUAGCGCCUUUACAUUUAAAAUUUCAAACAAAGAACAAUCAAUACACAUCGUAUUGCCAGUCUACGGCGCACAAGAUACUCAAUAUAUUGACAUCCUGUUAAUUUUGCGCUUUUCAAUCUACGUUUGUGAAUUUUAGCAAGUAUAAGAAAAUACACAUUCACUGGGGUUUCAAUUAUUUUGUGCGAAACGUGGUUUAUUAAACCAGCAAAAACUCGAUCAUAUUAACUACGAUGAAGACAUUUUGAAACACGUUUUGUUUUCUUCAGUGACAGUAAUUGUUGAGGAUCAAGCAAGAAUGAAAAAAUCAUAAAUUUGAUGUAAAAUAAACCUGGUUCAAACAAAAAUCCAAUAUCAUUGCUUCGAUCGUACAUCCGACUUCAGUAAUUUGGGUUGGAUUUAAGUAUUUGAGAAAUAACUAUGUGUCAGACGCGUUGAGAACAUUUUUAUAACCGUUUGGCAAAAAUGUUUCAGUUUCGUUAGUGCAACUUUCAAAUAACAGCUAGAAAGCUCAGUCUUAUCUGAACAUCUCUAUCAACAAAGAAAAUGAUACAUAAACCCUUUGUACACAUUUGUGCGAUGACGUUUUCUUCUCUGAAGAGUUAAAAUUGAAGUCAGACGAUCGACUUAGAGUUUGUAAUGACCAGGAAAUGCUACACCAAAAGUUUAUCGGUUUUUCAUUUUUAUGUGAUCAUCGUUUAUUACCGGAUCUGCAUAAAUGAAAAUGUGUUUCUCAAUUUUUUCAGUUUCGUUGCGCAGUACAAGACAUAAUAUUUCAACAUUCGCUAAAAUUCUUACCUACACAACACAAUCAUCUACGGCAAUACGCACUCAAUCGAGACAUUAUACUUUUAUAUCAUGGAUACAAAUACGUUUCGUAUACAUAUAUAUACACAUACAUCUUACUAUACUAAGAUUGUAUUCUGUAUGUAAUGUGUACAGUGUACGUAUAUAGUAAGCGUAUGUUAUACAUCAAUAAGUUGUAUGAUUUUGACACAAAUCCAUGUCUUCUAUCUUCUUUUAAUUUUUUUUAUCGAAACACUUGUUUCAGUUUUUGAUAUUAAUUGUUUGAUACUCGUAAUAUAUUUUUUUGCGUCGAAACUUCACCUAUUCAAUUCUCAACAUUGAUCGAACGUAUUUUACGAAAUUUUUUUCUUAACGAGGCAUGGAUUCUCUAGCGAAAAUCAUUUGCUGACCAGAUUACUUCGGUUUAUUUUUAUUUUUUUCUUUUCUUUUUUUAUUAUACAAUGAAUACCUACAUAAACAACUGUCGGUUGACAAUAGUAUGCAUAUAUGAAAUAAUGUACGGUAAACCCUUAUACACAACCACGUAUAUUAUUAUAAUAAUAUAAUAAUCUAUACAUACAAUUGUGAAUAGAUAUUUAAUAAUUUAUUGUUAAUCAAAGUGUUGACGUAUUUUAUUUUGACGGUAUAACCAUAAAUAUUUGGGAGCUUGGGUACUGUAGUAAUGAAUAACCGAAAUUCAUACUCAUCGGAUAAUAAUAUGCGUUUGUUAAAUAAAUUAUAAUAAGUUUGACAACUCAUACCAUCAAUAGGAUACCUAUAAUCUACGAUUUCGUAAUAUGUGUACCAGAAGUUUAGCCACUCAAAGUAACGACAAACAAGAGAAAACACAUUUUUUCCACCAAAAUCACAAUAUUGUAAAUAUACAGUAUGCUGUAGUGAUAAUCACUAAUAAUAACAGUAAUAUUAUUAAUAUAAAAUAACGGGGUUUACUUUUAACAAUUUUAUGUGAUUCUUAUUUUAUUAUAGUUAAAUAAAUAUUGAUACUAUACAA